CGCGUGGGGGUGACACGUCGUACGGCCCGGCAGCGGCGCCUGCGGCUCCUGGAGCGGAGACUGACGGGAGUGACGCUCUUUCGCUUCCCUCUCCCCCGCCCCUCCUUCCCUCCCUCCUUCCCUCCCAACGGCCUUCCGCGAGAACGGAAGCAGGCCCUCUUCUCUGGCUCCUUCUCCUUCAGUUGCUUGGCAGCCGCAGCGCCCCUCCCCUUUCCCAGAGGGCCCGAAGCCGGCGCCAGGUUCGCUCCCCUUGGGGCCCGCUGCUCGCUACCGCCAGGCCUCCGCUGGUGCCACCUCCUUUCUCAUCCCGGAACCCCAAGCCCACUCUUUCCCGUUCCGCUGCCUCUUCAUUCGCGCCCCCGGCCGCGUUGUAUUUCCCUAGUGCCGCCGCCAUGCGCUUCUCCCUGGUGUUGUCCCUCCUGCGGCCGGUGGGGCCCGUGGUGGUGGGGGUCUCCCUGGGCUUCACGCUCAGCCUGCUCAGCGUCACCUGGGUGGAGGAGCCCUGCGGGCCCGGGCAGCACGGCGACAACGGCGGCCUCCGGGGAGACGCGGGCCCGGAGGCGCAGCCCCACCAAGGCGCCGGGCAAGGCAACGCGGCCCGUAAGCCCAACUCCGUGCCGGGAGGGCUGGGCGCCGACCCCGAGCAGAGCUGGGAGCCCCGUGUCCUGCCUUACAAGCCCCCGAACCCAGGCAAGGCCGUCAAGAAAACCAUCAGGACUCGAUACAUCAGCACGGAGCUGGGCAUGCGCCAGCGUCUCUUUGUGGGGGUACUGACCUCGAAGAACACGUUGAACUCCCUGGCCGUGGCAGUGAACCGCACUCUAGGCCACCGGCUGGAGCGUCUGGUCUACUUCACAGGCACACGAGGGCGCAAAGUUCCACACGGCAUGAUGGUGGUGACACACGGUGAUGAGAGGCCUAUUUGGAACAUGUACCAGACCAUCAAAUAUGUGCUAGACCAUUACGUGGCAGACUUCGACUGGAUUUUCCUGGUCCAGGAUGACACCUACACGGAGGCUCAUCGUGUGAACCACUUGGCCUCUCACCUCAGCAUUGACACUCUCCUCUACAUGGGCCGACCAGAGGAGUUCAUUGGUGGUGACACACCUGGACGGUACUGCUAUGGCGGCUUUGGUUACCUGCUUUCUCGAGCUCUGCUCCUGCGCUUGCAGCCUCACUUGGAAAGUUGCCGGAAUGACAUCCUGAGUGCGCGCCCUGAUGAAUGGUUGGGACGCUGCAUAAUUGACUAUACAGGGGUGGACUGUGUGGCAGAGCAUGAGGGCCUGCGUUAUCAGUACUUUGAGCUUGGAAAGAAUACAGACCCCGAGAGGGAGAGUGAUCCACGAUUCAAUGCUGCAUUCACUGUUCAUCCUGUGCUGGAUCCUAUCCAAAUGUACCGGCUGCACAGAUAUUUUGCCCGUGUGGAAUUGGAGCACACGUAUCAGGAAAUUCAGCAGCUACAGCGGGAGAUCCAGAAUACCAGCAGCCUUUCGGCAGAUGGAGCCCUGAGUGCCACAUGGCCCAUUGGCAUUGCCUCCCCUUUCCAACCGAAGACUCGCUUUGAGGUGCUUCGCUGGGACUAUUUUACAGAAGAGUCAGCUUUUUCCUGUGUGGAUGGGGCCCCCAAGUGUGAGCUUCGAGGCGCAGACGCUGCUGAUGUUGCAGAUGUGGUCACUGAAGCCGUAGAAGAGCUGAACCGCCGCUACCAGCCUGUACUACAUGUGCGCAAACAGCAGUUGCUGAACGGCUACCGUCGAUUUGACCCCACAAGGGGCAUGGAGUACACAUUGGAUCUGCAGCUGGAGGUGGUGACUCAGAAGGGACACAGCCGGUCCCUGGCCAAGCGGGUGCACUUGCUGCGCCCCCUCAGUGAGGUAGAGAUCAUCCCAAUGCCCUAUGUGACUGAGGCCAGUCGGGUCAACGUCAUCUUACCCCUGACGGCAGCAGAGCGGGACUAUGCCACACGUUUCCUGGAGGUGUAUGCCACGGCAGCUUUUGAGAAUGCUGAGAAUGCAGUCCUGACCUUCCUUUUCAUCUAUGACCCUUUUGAAGCUCAACAAGUUGCUCAAAAUGACGUCUUUGGGGCAGUGAAAGCCCGCAUCACUGAGUAUGAACGGCGCUACACUCAAGUGAAGAUCCCUUGGAUAAGUGUCAAGACAGAUGCUCCCUCCCAAAUCAAGGUAAUGGACAUCAUCUCCAAGAAGCACCCUGUGGACACCCUCUUCUUUGUGGCUGGCGUGAGCACUGAGGUUACUACUGAGUUCCUGAACCGGUGCCGCAUGAACACUAUUAACAGCUGGCAGGUUUUCUUUCCCAUCCACUUCCAGGGCUACAACCCCACCAUCGCUUUCCACAACCAGCCCUUGCCUCUUUCUGGCUUGGACCUGGUGCGGGACGCUGGCCAUUUUGACCGCGAUGCUUUCAACGAAGCUUGCUUUUACAAUGCCGACUACAUGGCGGCCCGCACCCGAAUGGCAGCUGAUGCCCAGGACAAUGAGGACAUCCUGGAGACCAUGGACAUCUAUGACCUUUUUGUCAAGUACUCGAACCUGCAUGUCUUUCGCGCUGUGGAGCCUGCCCUCCUGCAGCACUACAGGCCACAGAGCUGCAACCCCCGGCUGAGCGAAGAGCAGUAUCACCGCUGUGUGCAGAGCAGCUUGGAAGGCCUGGGCUCCCGGGCCCAACUGGCCAUGGUGCUUUUUGAGCAGGAACAAGGCAACAGCACAUGAGAACUUGCCCCACACUCUCCACUGCAUUCACUUCACAGCAGAGGAGAGCUGGAAAUGACUGUUCAGACUCUGAACCUAGGGUGGCACUCUGGCUGGCCUUGUGGGUUAUGCUGCAGGUCAUUCAUGAGAAUGGGAAUUAUGGGGAGUCAUGGGUCCUGGUCUUGUGUUUGUCCUGCUGUGUUCCCCUAGUACAGGCCCUCACCCAGACCUACAAGCCUCACAUUAAGGACAGGCAGGACCUGCCUUGGGAUUUCCUGACUGGAGUUGCUUGUUCCUGCAGUAGCCUCUGCCUUGUGGGGCACCAGGUCUCUUAGGGGAGGGCCCUUGCAUAAGCCAGGGUGGGAUGUGCUGAAGUGGAAGAGGUUAGGUUGUUAGACUGGGGCAGAAUUCUGACCCAUUGGGAAAGAAACAGGAGAACUGCUCAGCCCUUUGGCUGCAGUGUUGGUGUUAAGUUCAUGAACACUCCAGACAGGGGAACAAAGGGUUUUUUUUCUGUGGGAGGGAGGGCGAAGGAAUUCAUCCUGCGACAGUCCUCCUAGAAACCCUGACUCGGGCUGCUUUAGCCUCAGAUCAGUAUUGGAAAGGGGAAGAGGGAGGUACAGACUUGGGAGUAGCUUUCUGUAGGAGAAGCAGUUGUCUCCGCUGUCAGGCUGGCUCUGGCAUUGUGGGAACGAUCCUUAUUUCUGACGUUUGCCUGGCUCCUUUUGGCUAAUGGCUGAGCUGGAGGUACAUGGACUUUGCUUACCUAGCAGCUAUGUGUGGUUGCCCAGAACUCUUCAAAGCCACAUGGGUUGUGCUGGUCAGCUAGAGUUUUGGACCAGAGAGCAGGCAAGCACCAGAAUGGGGAGAAAGAGAGCUUGGCUCUCCAGUGGAUUCAUAUUUAACACGGGGAUUGGGGACAUUUGUCUUGCAUUUUAAUAAACUGGAGCGAAGCACA